UCUACACCGUCCGAUAAAAAAUUCUUAUCUCCUUAAUUCAUAUAACAUGGUAAAGCCAUAGCAGCUGCAGCCAGUAGAUUACAUUUAGGAUUCGUUCACUAACUCUCCUUCUCUCUCGCUCUGAAAGUCAUUCACUUCCUCUCUCUAGGAAACAAGGUUUUGAAGAAAAAAUGGAAAAUGGGGUGGAGAGAGUUGUUGUGGAAGAGAAAUCCAAUGUGGGAAAUGAGGGUUCUGGGGUUAAGGUAGAGGAGGAGAGAGUUGUGGUGGGGUCUGAUGAAUCGAAAGAUUUGGAAGAUGAGGUUUUUGAGGAGGCAAUUGAGUCACAUGAGCACUUGCAGGAGGAGGAGGAGGAGGAGGAGGGAAUGAAAGUUGAGUCAGUUGGUUUUGUUGAGAGUAUUGGUGAGUUGAGUCCAGCAUUUGACGAUGAGAAUUCGAAUCUAGGAAAUGAGACUGAGAAAUUCAAGGAGGUGAUUUUUGUUCCUGCUGAGAGUGGGAAUCCAGAGGAGCUAGGUGGAGUGGUUGGUGAAGAGAAGGUAGAGGAUUUGGUGGGUGGAGAUAGUGUUGAUAAGAUUGAUGAGGGAGGGACUGCAAAGGAAGCUGGGAGCAAUGAAUCGAGUGGAGGAGAGGUUGCUGAGAUUAUUGACAAUGGAGGAACAGAGGUUUUGAAGGCUGAGGGUGAAGGUGAGGUGGAUUCUAAGCGGGAAACUGAAUUGAGUGAGGAGAUUCUGCCCAAGGAUGAUGAGAAGAAGGUAAAGGAGGAGGAUGAGUUGGAUAUUGAAUAUCAGGCGACAAGUGACAAUUCUGUUAAGAUUUCAGAGGAUAAGGGUGAGGGCACGGGCCAGAAUUUGACAAAAAUGGAUUCUGAACAUCUGAAUGACAAAAGUGGAUCAUUGCAAGAUGAUGGAGAGGCUGCUGAGGAAGUUGGGAAUGAUGAAUUGAAUGGAGGUGAGAAAGUUUCUGAGAUUGCUGUUAAUGGAGAAACUCGAGCUUUAAGGAGUGAGGAUGAGGCCAAUUUUAAUCGAGGAAUUGAGUCAAGCAAUGAACUGAAAAGUGAUGGAGAGUCUGCUCAGGAAGCAGGGAACAAUGAGAUGAGUGGAGGUGAGAAGGUUUCUGAGAUUGCUGGUAAUGGAGAAACUAGAGCUUUAAGGAGUGAGGAUGAGGCCAAUUUUAAUAGCGGAAUUGAUUCAAGCAAUGAACUGAAAAGUGAUGGAGAGUCUGCUCAGGAAGCAGGGAACAAUGAGAUGAGUGGAGGUGAGAAGGUUUCUGAGAUUGCUGGUAAUGGAGAAACUAGAGCUUUAAGGAGUGAGGAUGAGGCCAAUUUUAAUAGCGGAAUUGAUUCAAGCAAUGAACUGAAAAGUGAUGGAGAGUCUGCUCAGGAAGCAGGGAACAAUGAGAUGAGUGGAGGUGAGAAGGUUUCUGAGAUUGCUGGUAAUGGAGAAACUAGAGCUUUAAGGAGUGAGGAUGAGGCCAAUUUUAAUAGCGGAAUUGAUUCAAGCAAGGAACUGAAAAGUGAUGGAGAGUCUUCUCAGGAAGCAGAGAACAAUGAGAUGAGUGGAGGUGAGGAGUCUUCUCAGGAAGCAGAGAACAAUGAGAUGAGUGGAGGCGAGGAGGUCUCUGAGAUUGCUGGUAAUGGAGGAACAGAGGCUUUGAAGGGUGAGGAUGAGUCCCAUUUCAAUCAAGAAAUUGAGUUGAACAUUGAGAUUCUUCCAGAAGAUGGUAAGAGAGAGGAACUGAAGGAGGAUAAAUUGGGUGCUGAAUAUCAGGAGGCCAAUGAUGUAUUUAACGGAUCAGGUGAUCUUCAAGAUGAUAAGAGUGAAGGAUUGGAUGAGAAUCUGGAAAGAAAAGAUAUAAAACACGAGGUUGAGAAAAAUGGGAAUUUUGAAAGUGCAAUAGUGGGCCUUGAUUCUGGUAAUGAGGUAAAUAAGAGUGAACAGUUCAGGGACAUCUCAGCAGGUGUAAACAUAGAAAACCAAGAUGGUAGCAAUGGGAACUUGAAAGAUGUUUCAGCUGUUAUAGAUUCAGACCAAAAUGGGAAAACAAGUGAACUGAAAGCUGCUUCAGCUAUCCCACUGACUGUGGAGGAAGAGAAGCUGGCACCAGAAGUUUUUGCCUCUUCUUCUUCUGAGAAUUCUGUGAUGGAGAGAAAUGAGGAGAUUCAGGCUCAUGCAUCUACUUUGCGAUCAGAGGAUAACAAGGGUUCUGAAUUACAGCAUGCUGACAACAACAUCAACAGAGCCAGCAAAAACACUACUGUGAUUGAAUCACCUCAGAAGACAGCAGAAAAGGGUCAGGAGGAUAAGAAAAAUGCCCCAGCAAAUAUAGAGCGUAAAAUUCAGCAUUUACCUGAGAUUGCAUCUUCAUCUGCAAAGUCUCUGAGUGCAGCCCCCUUACCUUCUCGUCCAGCUGGCCUUGGGCGCGCUGCACCACUAUUGGAACCUGCACCCAGGGCAACCCCGCAACUUCGUGCUAAUGGAACUGUUUCUCAUACGCAAUCCCAACAGAUUGAAGAUCCUACAAACGGGGAAUCAGAAGAGUUUGAUGAGACACGUGAAAAACUUCAGAUGAUCAGGGUGAAAUUUUUGCGGCUUGCACAUAGACUUGGGCAGACUCCCCAUAAUGUUGUUGUUGCACAGGUUUUAUACAGACUGGGAUUAGCUGAGCAGCUGCGAGGUAGAAAUGGUGGUCGUGUUGCUGGUUUUGAUCGUGCCAGUGCAAUGGCAGAGCAUCUUGAGGCUGCUGGGCAGGAACCCCUUGAUUUCUCUUGUACAAUUAUGGUUCUUGGAAAGACAGGUGUUGGUAAAAGUGCCACUAUCAACUCUAUAUUUGAUGAAGUGAAGUUUGGCACCGAUGCUUUUCAAUUGGGUACAAAAAAGGUUCAGGAUGUUGUGGGUACUGUUCAGGGGAUAAAGGUACGAGUCAUUGACACACCAGGACUUCUUCCUUCAUGGUCUGACCAGCGCCAGAAUGAGAAGAUCCUUCACUCUGUCAAGUGCUUUAUCAAGAAAACUCCUCCAGAUAUUGUGUUGUAUCUUGACAGGUUGGAUAUGCAAAGCAGGGAUUUUGGUGAUAUGCCUCUCUUGCGUACCAUCACCGACAUAUUCGGGCCAUCUAUAUGGUUCAAUGCAAUUGUUGUCCUGACUCAUGCUGCAUCAGCUCCACCUGAUGGUCCCAAUGGAACUGCUUCAAGUUAUGACAUGUUUGUCACUCAGCGUUCACAUGCUGUCCAACAAGCAAUUCGUCUGGCAGCAGGAGAUAUGCGACUCAUGAAUCCUGUUUCAUUGGUUGAGAAUCACUCAGCAUGUAGAACUAACAGGGCAGGGCAGAGAGUGUUGCCAAACGGUCAGGUUUGGAAGCCCCACUUGUUGCUGCUCUCUUUUGCAUCUAAGAUUCUCGCCGAGGCAAAUGCACUUUUGAAGUUGCAAGAUAGUACACCUGCGAAGCCUUUUGCAACUCGAGCACGAGCACCACCUUUACCAUUCCUUCUUUCGUCGCUUCUCCAGUCAAGACCACAAGUUAAGCUACCAGAGGAACAGUAUGGUGAUGAGGAUGGUUUAGAUGAUGAUUUAGAUGAGUCAUCAGAUUCCGAGGAUGAAUCAGAAUAUGAUGAAUUGCCACCAUUUAAAAGUUUGACAAAGGCUCAGAUUGCAAAGCUUACUAAAGUUCAGAAGAAGGCAUACUUUGAUGAGUUGGAAUACAGAGAGAAACUUUUCAUGAAAAAGCAGUUAAAGGAGGAGAAAAGGCGACGGAAGUUGAUGGAGAAAAUGGCUGCAGCUGCUAAGGACCUGCCCAGCGAGUACGCUGAAAAUGCAGAGGAAGAAGGUGGAGCUGCAUCUGUUCCUGUUCCCAUGCCGGAUCUAGCCUUACCUGCUUCCUUUGAUUCUGAUAAUCCCACUCAUAGGUACCGUUACCUCGAUACCUCCAACCAGUGGCUUGUGAGGCCAGUUCUAGAAACUCAUGGUUGGGACCAUGAUGUUGGUUACGAAGGUAUAAAUGUGGAGAGAUUGUUUGUGGUUAAAGACAAAAUCCCUAUAUCGUUUUCUGGCCAGGUAACAAAGGACAAGAAGGAUGCCAAUGUUCAAAUGGAAUUAGCAAGUUCUUUAAAGUAUGGAGAAGGAAAAGCAACCUCACUGGGGUUUGAUAUGCAGACUGUGGGAAAAGACUUGGCCUAUACUCUUCGAAGUGAAACUCGGUUCAGUAAUUUUAGGAAAAAUAAGGCUACAGCUGGUCUAUCAGUUACUCUGUUGGGUGAUGUCUUAUCAGCUGGAGUGAAAGUCGAGGAUAAAUUGAUUGCUGGUAAACGGUUCCAGAUGGUAAUGUCUGGUGGUGCCAUGGCUGGUCGUGGUGAUGUGGCUUAUGGUGGCAGUCUGGAGGUCCAGCUGAGGGACAAAGAUUAUCCUCUUGGUCGUUCAUUAUCAACACUAGGGCUUUCCGUCAUGGACUGGCAUGGAGAUCUCGCUAUUGGCUGCAAUGUACAAUCCCAGAUUCCUAUAGGACGAUCCACAAAUUUGAUUGGUCGUGCAAAUUUAAAUAACAGGGGAGCUGGACAAAUCAGUAUUCGCGUAAAUAGCUCAGAACAGCUUCAACUUGCUUUGAUUAGCCUCUUUCCUCUAUUGAAGAAGCUAAUUGAUUAUUCUCAACAAAUGCAAUAUGGACAAUGAAGAAAAUUGUAGGUUAUACUUGCCAGGAAACUUUUGAUGUUGCCAUCUUGUGAUGGUCAUCAAGGAAUGCGAGUGAAGUUGAGCUACUUAUUGUCCCCCCCCCCCCUCUCUUUUUGUCAGAUUACAACAAUAUUUUGCUUGGUAUUAGUGGUUGUAAUUUCUUUGUUAGAUAUUUUCAUAAAGUGGUUUUUCUUCUUAUCAAGCCACUGGGGCUAAUCAUUGCUUCUAGUUCAACCAUGCCUGGUUCUAGAAUCUUUAGCACUUUGUGCUGUUGAAAUAGAUCUGCAUUGUACCAA